AUGCGCCUCGUGCGGCCCUUCUCCUACCGGCGCAACUGGCAUCUUCUCGCAGCAUUGGGCGUGAACCACCCCGGAGGUCUCUUGAUCGUGAGCGCGGAGCCCCGACACCUGAGGACAUCGAGAUUGCCGAUGAGUCUGGGCGCUGGGUCCUUCCUGCCGGUUCCCGAAGUCGACAUGAAGUCGCCGCCGAGCAUCACCCUGUCGCCUGGCGUCAUGCUCGCCUCAAAGUCGAUGGUCGCCUCCGCCGGGGUCUCGGAGAAGUAUCCCAUGGGCAAGUCUGAGGCGAUGCAGCGCGCCAUCGAGGGCGCCGAGGGGUACAACGCGUUCCCCGCUCAGCGCCUGCGGCAAAAUGCUCGGUGGCUCUUGGACGAG